AUGGCGGACCCCGUAAGAAACAUCAUCAUCAAACUCGGAAGCAAGAUACACCCUCCGGCGGCAGCCCUUAAACAUAUUCAGACGCUCCUGCAGUUGGCUAUGAAGAAGAAGCUCAAGCUUGAUCCUCUGCUUCGCGACGAGAUUCUGGUGACUGUUUUGUCCAACUAUCCAGAGUUUUAUGCUGAAUGGUCGGCAGAUGAUGUGACUAAACUUCUUGUGAUGGUCGCCGAAGCCAGUGAUGAAGUCUCUCCAGUUCUCUCGACGGCGAGAGGAGUCCAAGCUCUGUAUCUCGAAGCUGCUCAGAAAGAAGCGUCACACAGACAGGAGAUCCUUCGAAAAAGGGUAAUUGAUUCUGAAACCCCUAUUGAAAUUUCUCCGGAUAAACCUGUUGAUUCUUCUAUUCCUUCUUGUGUGCCUGUUUUGUCUGAAAAUUUAUCUGCUUUGGACUCCGAGAAGCCCCCUGUGAAUGUUGUUUCUUUAUCUCUGCCUUUGAGUGAUUACGUUGGUGUGAAAUCUGAUGAGUUGCAUGUGUCUGAUGAGAAAGCAAAGUCCUCUGAUGAGCCAAAUCCACUAAGUCUAGUUGUUUAUGCUUCUGAUAAUAUUGCUCUGCCUCCGUCUGAGACUGCUAAUGUCUCUAAAGAAACUUGUUCUGCUGUUGAUCCUCCUGCCUUACCUGCUACUGUUGAAACUGUUGAUUUAUCAAGCCCCCACAAGACUGAGAAAACCGGUGGAAUCCCUGUUUACACUGCAACAUCUUUAGGAGAGAGUCUGGAACAUGUGCGACACUUUGCUGGGCUACCAUCUGCUUCAAUCCCUCAGCCAUAUCGAGUGAUUCACCCUUCCGAAUCCUCCAGUGAAGAUGAUAAAUUACUGGCUGAGGUGUAUGGAUCUCAAGCACCUCCAUCUGCUACUCCUACUGUUGAGCCUGCGAAGAAGAGAAAGUCGAGUGAGACUGUUAAGCCUGAAGGAGACCCGCCUAUCCAUCAAGUUUUCAAGACUCUGCGAUCGUCUGUUAAGCACAAAGGAUCUACUGCUGUACAAUCUGUCUCUGUACCAGUCUCUUCUGUCAGAAAAGGGAAGCCAUCCACACGAUCACGAGGUCGAAGUGUCACUCUUGAGGUCCCUCCCGUUGAAGAAACUGACCCAUCUGUUUAUCGGCCUCAAUUUGUAUCUCCUGCUGCACAGACCAAAUGGGCCACUAUGGUUAGAAGGGAUCUUAUUGUUCAAAGAUCGGUGGACGCGAACCAGCUGAACUCCGUUUGUGACAUUCUACACUUGCUGAAUGACGUCGGGUUGUUGAAAACUGUCACGGAUAUCUGCCCUUACUCUAAGCUGCUCACAUAUGAAUUCUAUUGCAAUCUCAAUGAUGAGAUUGAUGUUCUCACAGGGCCACGACCGAUGCAGAUCUUCAUCAGAGGAAAGUGGUAUGUGUUUGGGCCUGAUAUGAUAAAUAAGUACUAUGGCUUGCCUGCAGUGCAAGAAGAAGAUGUUACUGACUGGGACUUGGUGGCUAGAACUCUUACCGGUGGACAGACUACAUCUUGGCCUACAGGAGAUAAGGACUAUUUGCUGAGCUCGCAUCUCACGUCCAGAUAUGUCAUUCUACAUCGCCUGGCCCUACACAACUGGCUUCCAUCAGCCCACUUCAACACAGUUGGCAAGCUAUUGGCAGGGUUCUUAUUUCGCAAUGAAACUAAUAUGCAGCUUGAUCUGGGCAAAUGGAUUUAUUAUCAUGUUCUAACUCUGAUUCAUCCCCGGGAACAGAAGGGUCUUGAGCCUAUGCCCAGUGAAGUGAUCAGUCCAACGCUGCUCUAUACUGUUGAUAAACGCCUUCUCUCUGGAGAUCAUAUUCGAGAUGUUGUUCCUGUGACUGCCCCAUCCAUUUCUGAACCUGAUGCUGUGCCUGAUGAAUCUCCUCAUGCUAAGGAUGUGAAGCUUUCCAUACAAUUGAAGGCACGAGUUACUGAUCUUGAGACGGCGCACAGUAUUAUUGCAAAGCAACUGACAGGGGCGCGCACUGAGCUGGCUACUAUUCUUCUUCGUUUGAGCCUGACUGAAACUGCUGCUGCUGCGGAUCCCGUGAAGUCUGACAGUGACUCUCCCUCAAAUGCUUGA